GUCUCAGCCUCCUGAGUAGCUGGGACUACAGGCGCCUGCCACCACGCUCGGCUAAUUUUUGCAUUUUUAGUAGAGACAGGGUUUCACCUUGUUGGUAAGGCUGGUCUCGAACUCCUGACCUCAGGUGAUCCACCCGCCUCGGCCUCCCAAAGUGCUGGGAUGACAGGCGUGAGCGACUGCCCCUGGCCCAUAUGUUCUAAUAUUCUAGGUUACAACGCUCUACGCUGCAAUCUCUCCACCGUUACAGUUUAAAAACUAGAAGUCCCUACCACCCUCGCCUACUGUGCGUGCGCGGCGCGCGGCGCUUCGGGCCUUGUAGUCUUGGACAGACCCCCCCCCCCCCCCCCCCCCAGGCCCAUGGUGCCGUGCGGCGGGUCGUUGCGCCUGCGCGGUGCGAGCGGCGGGCAGCGCAGAGUGCGAGGCUCUUUUGUUCGGCUGAGGGGAGGGCCGUUGGCCGGGGCCUGCGGUACGCCGCUUCAGUGAGGGACGCCACUGCGGCCACCCGGCUUGCUGCCUUCCUGGGCGCCACUCCCCCAGGCGACCCGACGCGACGCUCCAGUAGCGCAGCACCGAUUUCUCUCGGGCUCUUGGGCGCUGCUCUGAGCAGCGUCACCCUUUACACCAGAAAGCUGGCGGGCACUAUGGGGAAAAAACAAAACAAGAAGAAAGUGGAGGAGGUGCUAGAAGAGGAGGAAGAGGAAUAUGUGGUGGAAAAAGUUCUCGACCGUCGAGUGGUAAAGGGCAAAGUGGAGUACCUCCUAAAGUGGAAGGGAUUCUCAGAUGAGGACAACACAUGGGAGCCAGAAGAGAACCUGGAUUGCCCCGACCUCAUUGCUGAGUUUCUGCAGUCACAGAAAACAGCACAUGAGACAGAUAAAUCAGAGGGAGGCAAGCGCAAAGCUGAUUCUGAUUCUGAAGAUAAGGGAGAGGAGAGCAAACCAAAGAAGAAGAAAGAAGAGUCAGAAAAGCCACGAGGCUUUGCUCGAGGUUUGGAGCCAGAGCGGAUUAUUGGAGCUACAGACUCCAGUGGAGAGCUCAUGUUCCUGAUGAAAUGGAAAAACUCUGAUGAGGCUGACCUGGUCCCUGCCAAGGAAGCCAAUGUCAAGUGCCCACAGGUUGUCAUAUCCUUCUAUGAGGAAAGGCUGACGUGGCAUUCCUACCCCUCGGAGGAUGAUGACAAAAAAGAUGACAAGAACUAACGCUCCUGAGUACCAGCCCCUGUCACAUCUGACUGUGGGUUUCAAGUGGGAAGGGAAGGAGUUCUACUUGUCUUGACACCAUAGAGGUGGCUUGAGAAGAUGUCCUUUGAAGAGCCAGUAUAGUUUCUGUGCCCUGCAGCAGCCCAAGUGCUUUAAAGCCGUUUCAAGCUGUAUAGUUUGCACACCCAUCCCAGUGGAGGGGAAAGGGGAUAAGUGUUUCAAGGCAACCUUUUCUGCACUUUGCUGCGAAAAGCAAAGGGCCUUCUAUGAAGGACAAAACUUGCAGAAUUGGGUGUGUGGGAGAGCAAAAAAAAUACUGUAGAUCUUCAAAGAGCAUCUCCACAACCCACAGCCUUCUUCCCAAUAGUGUUAACUCUGCAUUUUUACAGCGUAGCAUGUGUGUAGUUUUUGGCUAUUACUGGUAUAUUAUUUGGGGGAGGGAGGGAUGGGGAGGGGAGAAAGGGAGAUGGGUAGCAUCAUUUUGAUUAACAUUUGGGGCCUGAUAGGGGAAAUGGUGAAGCAAUGGAAAAGAACAGACAACUAAUGAUUUGCUUCUAUGUCCAGAAUAUUUUACCUUUAAAAAAAUGUCAUUGGCACCAUAAAUAAGGACUGUGAGAGACUGUUUAAAAGCUGUGAAAGUCUGAAACCUAUAAGCCAAGGUGUUCCCUGCCUAAACUUAUUGAUGUUCCCACAAAGGACUAAGCCUGUUCAUAAGUUACCAAAGUUGCCAUUUUGGAGAUGGAAAUUGACGAGGAGGGAAGGUCUUUUAUUGGAGAGUAUACAGUACAAGCAGAUCAUUCUGCCUUAGAGGUGCUAAUUCCCGAAAUUAGAAGACCCUUUCUUUUCCAGUAACGCAGUUAUAAAUAUCAGCUUGUUCAUCCAAGCCACUGGCUGAGGUGUUAGGAAGAGGAAGAGGGUGGUAGAGGAGGUAAGACAGUAGGGAAAGACAAGGGCCCAUGCUCUUAGUGGGGAAAACUCUUGGAGCCGUUUUCUUUGAGCUUUGAACACUGAAACCAUUGUUGGCAGGGUUCAGUCACUGACAGCACAAGUUUCACUGAAUUGAUCCAAGAGUUUAGUGAUUUCAAAAGCCUUGGUCUCAGGAGAAGAUUAAACUUUCAUAUUGGGCAGUGGUUCACUUUAAAACACACACAUACACACACAAAACAAUUUUUUAAGAAAUCCUAAUAAGUAACAUACCCAAAAUGCUCUGUCUUGAGUCAUGAGAUCCAUCAGUUCUUGAUAUUGUCUAGACUUGCAUCUAGAGCUACGUUGUAAAAUUCUUUUAGGCAUGUGUUAGAUUUCUGUGUAAACUUUGUUUAAAUGUAAACUUCAUACUACACUGUCAGUUUUUGUCUUAAUAAAACUAUAGAUUUAUAA